UCAUGCACCAGAAGAGCAGCCACCAGGAGGGAACAAAGGGAUCACUCCGACUGAAGCCCCAGUAGGACAGAAACGAAUACGUCAUCGAGGGAGUCAACUCUUCCAAGGGUGAUGGUGGUGCCAUAUGAAAGCCAGGGCUAUUCCUCCCUGCGUAGGGACUGCCAGCAGCGUCGAGUCCUGUUUGAAGACUCUGUGUUUCCGGCUACGGACCAGUCUCUGUUCUACAAGACCAACCGCAUAGGAACCAUCACCUGGAAGAGACCUAAGGAGCUGUGUGAUAACCCCAAGUUGUUUGUGAAUGGUAUCAGUGCUCAUGACCUCCUCCAGGGCCAGCUGGGGAACUGUUGGUUCGUAGCUGCAUGCUCCUCCCUGGCAUCCAGAGAAACUCUGUGGCAAAAGGUGAUUCCGGACCAUAAGGACCAGGAAUGGGAUGAGGAGAAGCCGGAAUCUUAUGCCGGAAUUUUCCACUUCCGCUUCUGGCGCUUUGGAGAAUGGAUUGAUGUUGUCAUCGACGACCGGUUGCCCACGGCGAACGGCAACUUGGUGUAUUGUCACUCCAGUGACAGCAACGAGUUCUGGAGCGCCCUGGUGGAGAAGGCUUAUGCCAAGAUGUAUGGUUGUUACGAGGCAUUGGACGGGGGCAACACAGCGGAUGCGUUGGUGGAUUUCACUGGUGGCGUCUCGGAGCCCUUGGACCUGCUGGAGGAAGGGUUGAGUACGGACGAGGAGAAACGCUCAGUGCUGUUCGACAGAGUCCUCAAGGUUCACAACAGAGGAGGCCUCAUCAGCGCCUCCAUACGGGCGGCCAGUUCAGCGGAGAUGGAGGCUCGUCUGGCCUGUGGUCUGGUGAAGGGUCAUGCCUACGCUGUGACAGACGUUAGAAAGGUCCGGCUGGGCCACGGCCUCAUGGCUUACUUCAAGUCCGACAAACUCACAAUGAUACGACUCCGAAACCCCUGGGGAGAGAGCGAGUGGAAAGGAGCCUGGAGCGACAGCUCAGAGGAGUGGGGGAAGGUGAGUAAGAGUGAAAGAGAGAAGAUCGGAAUGACGGUGCAGGAUGAUGGAGAAUUCUGGAUGACAUUUGAUGACUUCUGUCAGUACUUCAGUGAUUUGAUCAUGUGUCGUCUGAUCAACACUUCUUACCUGUCUCUCCACAAGACCUGGGAGGAGGGCUCUCUAAAGGGCGCCUGGCGGAACCAUGACGACCCGCUCAGCAACCGCGCUGGGGGCUGCACCAACAACAAACACACCUUCCUACAGAACCCACAGUAUGUGUUCAACGUGAAGAAGCCAGAGGAUGAGGUGCUGGUAUGUCUACAGCAGACAGACAGGAGAGCCAGACCUAAAGAGGGGAAGGGAGAAAACCUGGCUAUAGGCUUCGAGAUACACCGGGUGGAGUUGAACAGGCAGUACCGUAUGCACACUCGGCAGCAGAAGGUGUGUGGGAGUGUGUACAUCAACUCCAGGUGUGUGUUCCUACGCUGUGUCUUGAUGGAGGGUCGUUACGUUGUCAUACCCACGACCUUUGACCCCGCUCUGGAAGGAGACUUCCUGUUACGCAUCUUCACUGACGUCCCCGCCGACUGCAGAGAGUUAACCCUUGAUGAGCCAGCCCAGACGUGUUGGUCAGGACUGUGUGGUUUCCCUUCCCUGGUCACUCAGAUCCAUGUCCACAGAGCAGAUGGACUGGCUGGACAAGACUCUGAUGGAGGUAUACAAACCUUCUCUCCCUUCUCUGUCCAUUUUCUUUCCUGGUCUGGUCUUCUUAUCCUAUUCACUGUGUGUGUGUGUGUUGCAGCAUCAGAUCCAUAUGUCAUCAUUCGUUGUGAGGGAGAGAAGGUUUGUUCUCCGGUCUAUAAAGACACCCGCAGCCCAACCUUUGACACCAAGGCUCUAUUCUACAGGAAGAAAACUAACCAGCCUAUACUGAUAGAGGUGUAUAACAACAACGUGUUGAUGGAUUCCUUCCUGGGUCAGGUCAGUUUGACCUCUGACCCCGGCGACCCCCAGCAGGUUACUGUCCACCUGAGGGACAAGGGUAAUCACCAAGACAAUGACCUCCCGGGCACGCUCACCGUCUCCAUGGUGACCAGCAACAUUCUCACUAACAUCUGACUAACCGUCAACCAAUCUAUCAAUCAGUGCCUUACUCCCUCCGUCCAAUAGGAGAGAGAAGCCAUAAAGAUAAAUUAAUUUGCCAUAAAACAUAUCUGUUAAUUAAGGGACCAAAGUUAGCCUUCCAGACGAUAGUGUUUUUUUUUACUGGGUGUAGUACUAACUCCAACCACAUAGAGGCAACAGAGGACAGAUAAUCUCCUAGUUCUUCUUUCUCAUUUAAUAACCACUUUAACUUGUGCCAUUACUGAUAUAUAAAUGCAUGUCCAGUAUUUCAGCAGUAUAUGUUGUCCUGUUUACAUUUAUUCCCAUGUUUUACAUUUCAGUCAGCUUUGUACUAGUCUCUCUCAAGAAACUGAUUUGGAUCUGGGUGCUGAGAGCGGCUACUGACAUUUCUAGUCUUUCGGAAAGACACUUAUUUUUGUUAGCUUCAUAAUUCAACUUUAAAAAAAUGAGAUUUCUGUCUUGCUCUACUUUGUAUCACAUUGCUUUUCCAGUGGGAGGCCAAAUACUCAGUAGCGACACAUCAUUCAGGGCAUUUGAGCCUCACAUGUUUAGCAUGUUAUUUUGGCAUUCAUACGUGUCACAUAUCAGUUUGCAAACAAUGUAACAAAAAAGUAAAUACAUCUAAUACUGAGUUAAUAAAGCUGUAUAACAAA